CUUUCAGCUUAGGUUUUAGUCAAGCCACAAGUCGGUUAAUUUUCGAGAAUCAUCUAUCUUCUUGUCCGUUCGCAUGGUUUUUCCCACCGCCAUUUCCGAAGCAACAAAAGAAUAAAGGUCGCUCCCUCCUUUUUCGUGAACGGUUCUUAUUUUUUGAACAAGCAUAGGAUAUGGGUCGUUUAUCAGAGUCGAAGUUGGUUCAAGAGCUGGUUCUGUACGCCGGUAGCGCAGCACUGAGUUGUUUGGUCUUGUUUGUUGGCCUCCGACAACUCGACCCUAAUCGUGAGGCUUCAAAGAAGGCCCUUCACCACAAAAAGGAGAUAGCCAAACGCCUUGGUCGUCCUCUUGUUAACACAAACCCUUACGAGGAUGUCAUAGCAUGCGAUGUUAUCAAUCCUGACCACAUUAAUGUGGAGUUUAACUCUAUCGGAGGACUGAAAACGACAAAACAAGCUCUAUAUGAACUUGUAAUUCUGCCUCUAAGAAGACCUGACUUGUUUUCUCAUGGUAAACUUCUUGGGCCACAAAAGGGUGUCCUUCUGUAUGGACCACCUGGCACGGGGAAGACCAUGCUUGCCAAAGCUAUUGCUAAGGAGUCUGGAGCAGUUUUCAUCAAUGUUAGGAUAUCAAACCUGAUGAGCAAGUGGUUUGGAGAUGCCCAGAAACUUGUGAGUGCCAUAUUUAGCCUAGCUCAUAAGCUCCAGCCUGCCAUCAUAUUCAUUGAUGAAGUUGACAGCUUUUUGGGCCAGCGUCGUCAAACAGAUCACGAGGCUUUGUUAAACAUGAAAACUGAAUUCAUGGCUCUGUGGGAUGGUUUUACUACUGAUCAGAAUGCUCAAGUUAUGGUCCUUGCUGCUACUAAUCGUCCUUCAGAACUUGAUGAAGCAAUACUUCGACGACUUCCUCAAGCAUUUGAAAUUGGUAUUCCGGACCAAAAGGAGAGGGCUGAGAUAUUGAAUGUUAUCUUGAAGGGUGAGAGGAUUGAAGAAAACAUAGACUUUGACCAUAUAGCUUUCUUAUGUGAAGGUUACACCGGUUCGGAUCUAUUUGACCUGUGCAAGAAAGCUGCAUAUUUUCCAAUUAGAGAACUUCUGGAUGAAGAGAAGAAAGGGAGAAGUGUUUCUGCUCCUAGACCAUUGUCCCAGGUAGACUUGGAGAAGGCCCUGGCAACAUCACGAAAGACUACUGUUGCUGCAUUUGAAUACAAUGGAUUAAGUGCAGAUACUCUAAGAUGGGCAAGGCAAAGGGAACCUGGUGGUGAUUAUCAGGUUCAAGCUGCCAUUAAUGAACUCUCUAAGUUUGUGGUAUCUCACAUGACUAGUCGCCAGCCAGAUGCGACAGAUCUUUAAGAUGCUCUUAAUCUCUUUUAUACUCAUUCUAGAACAUACGUUCCUUAGCAUCAUAUGUUGAGGCAAUGAGCUAUUGCAUUUUGUGUCUUUUUGAUGCAAUAAUCCUUUGUGAAUCGCCAUUUAAUAUUCAUUUUUUUUUUCUGAUUUCAAAUUGGAUGCAAGUAUGUCUAUAUAUAGAUAUAUAUAGAAAAGUCUAUUAAAGUA